UUUAAAACCCUAUCCAGACCGUUAAAGCUGUUCAAUUUAUGUACUAUUAUUUAUGCUUCAGGGUUACUUUAACAUAAAUUAACAAAAAUUCUCAGUUUACACUGCUCUGUUUCUAAGAGAUGCUAGAUCUAUACAAAUUAUCAUAGUGUGAAUAACAAGCCCCGUUUUUUUUGUUUGUGGUGAAGUUUGUGAGGAAGGAAGCACCCACAGUCAGGACAUGAUCAAGAGACAAGUCUAUCACUGAGAAGAGGAGAGCAAGAGAAAGCUAAGACUUCAAUAAAGUCUUUUAUUAAAAAAUUAUUCGCCCUAUCUUCAAUCGGUUGUUUCUGCCCACACGUACUUUUAUUUUUCAAGUCAACAUCUACUAUGAAGAAAAGCACUGCAAAAUAUCCAGGAAUGCAGGAUUUGUCACAUCUUGGUGGUGGAGAGAUGGCCUGUGAUGAAGGCGAAGGUCAUGAUCUGAAAAGAGAUUUUGAAGGGUGGCGUGAAGUCUUGAUCCCAUUGGCCAGUGUUUUAAAGUGGGAUCAGCCAUACUACCCUGCUAUUUUAGUUGGCGUGUCUACUUUUUUAUUUUCAAUUGUGUGGUACACAGAGAUGUCUGCUCUCACGACAAUUUCCUUGACGUGCAUGCUGGUUGGAAUUGUGGACUUCAUUGUUCCUUUCUUUGGGAAGAGUAUCACGGGGUACCAUACAUGGACUGCAAAUGAAGAAAUGCAGUUCACAGAAAUCUGCGACAAGAUUUCAGCGGUGCGCCAGGAUGUUGUGGACAUGUUCCAAGGUCUCUCAGAGAUGAGACAACAGAAUGCGAAACUCUGAAUGCAGCAUUGCUUCUCCCUGGCAUGAGGCAUCAUGGCGUUGCCCACAAGUACCUUCAACCAGUUCUGAAUAUUAUAGACCGGCUGAAGACAAAAGUUCUAAAAAACAAAACCAGUUGAAAAUGCAGCCUUGUGCUGCGAUGCUGAACAGCGAACUUCUUACUCAUCCUCUUAUUGCCUUCACUGCUUAGAGCUCCACUUAAGUCAGUUUCUUUCUGAUGUAUCAUUUGGAAAAAAAAUGCUAAUCUCAAGGAUACGGUGCUUUUUAUUGAUUUUUCCUUUGCCUUCCAUGAUGGGCUGAGUGUUACUUUUUGUAUUGCCCCUCAAUUCAAUUUGUUCCCCUUUUUUUCUGUUUGCAGAGUGUUUUUUUUUUUUUUUUUUAAAGAAUUGAUGAGAACUUUCAAAUAAAUGGAAAAAGUAUGACUACUGCUUAUUUCACUGUAUGGUCUGAUGAUGCCAUGGCUUUUAGCAGUGUUUCCAUGUAUGCCUUUGUAAGACACUUUUCCUUUUUGUGGUCCUUUCUUCCUUUUUUUUCUGUAUUAUACACUCUUGUAUUUUAAAUGCCAGUAGCUGUAUUCACUAUAUUUUUAUUGUUUUGUUUAGUUUCUACAUUUCUAUGCCCAAGGGACCAGCAGAUCAAGGUCUGAGGUAGCAGGAUGUUUGAUUUUGUAUUUAACUGCACCGUAUGAUGUUGUCUUGUUUUACAGUUACUUAAGUUGUCAUUUUCGUCUAGAGUUUACAGUUUUCCUUUCAAAUUGCAGUUAAAACAGAAGUUAUCUCAGUAAUGUUCUAUUGGUCAACACUAUCUGUACAUUUUCCUUUUGUACUUCAUUGUUAGGUUUUUUUUCCUCCUGUUAUGUAAUGGUCAUUUGUUAAAGAGGGUGUAAGUAUUGUUUCUGGAUAUUUUUUACCUGCAAUUUAAAAAAAAAAAAAAAAGUUUAUUGAUAUUUUGAGUGAAAGUGGUGGAAGUCAGCGGUUUUUAAUAGUGAAUAAUGUUGUUUUGUAGGCUUGGUACACUGCAGCGAGUAGUAGACUGAUCUCGACAUCACUUUCUUUGUUAAGAGUUUCCUACAUUAACUUGGUUUCUCUUAAUUUUUCCGAAAUAUUUUGUCACUUUCCUGGUUUGCAACUGAUUUUUUUUUCUCACUCUUAUUUGUUGUGUUCAUUCUGACUGUUAAAUAUCUUUUUAUGACAUCUGUUAUGGCUCAAUGUGUUCCUUACCUUAUGCAAAUCAAAUGAGGUGAAAAUGAGAUAUUUUGGAUAAAUUCAACCUUUUUAUACCUACAGAAGGAAAACACAUCAUCUGUUGUUCUCUUUCAGGUACAACGUAUGAUAUAAUGUCUCGCAUAUUGGAUGUCAGUUUCAUAUUGCACAUUCUGUUUGUGCAAAAGCUUGUUCGGUCUGUGAUGUACAGGUUAGCUGGUUAAUCACUCGACUAAGGUGCACAUACUCAAAGAAAUUGUUUUCAAUGCAGUUUUUGUGUGUGUAAAAUAUGAUUAUCAAGAACAUUCUUUUGGUGAUGUGUAGGAUUCCAAACUGUACUGUGACCCCCCGCCCCCAUUUUCUUGUUUCUGUGAUGUUCUGAUACGUCUUUCAAUCUGCAUCAUGCUUUUUGUAAAGAGAAGGACAGAUGGGACUUUUGUUCCAUAACGUACUCGAUGAAGCGAAUUUAUGCCUUUCACCACCCAUCCCACAGUAGUUCAUGGGAAGGAUGAGACGUCUUUACUUUCUGCUCUUUUUGCCAUGUGUAAAUAUGUGUAUUUGCUGAUUUUUAAAAAAAUAUUUUUUUUGGGUUAAAUCUCACACUUUCAAGUGUGGUGGAUUUCUUUUCCAUUACAGAUGUAUAUUGAUAAAAGAUUGAUCCGAAGCUUUAAGAAUAAUCAAUUUUCUGAUACUCAGGAAUUUUUGCCAUGGUGUAGUGCCGCUCACUGCUGUUGGGGAUGAAGUUGGAAGAGGCAGACUCCUAAGACAUAAAUCUAGUUAUGUAUGGGCUGGAAUAUUUAGAUUUUGAAUUUGGUCUGGCCAGGAUAUUUCCUGAGUGUAUGAUGUUCAGUUCAUAUGUGUGAUGAUGUUAGCAUUUCUCAGUGCCAGACAAGACUGUACAAUCAAGGACUAAGUUCCGUCAUUCACUCAAGCAAUAUCGGAAUGAUUUUGCACUCUAUGCUUUCAGUCUGCUGUGGCUCAUCUGAAUAAUUAACUGCAAUGUGAUGCUGAAAGAUUAAUUGUACAAGAAGAUUUAAGACAAAAACUGUUCUUCUCUGCCACCUCUCCUGUGAUAGAGUUUCAAAUUGUCACCGUUGGUUUUUGAGCCCACAGUGCAAGUUUUGUAACAUGCAUAGACAUUCGCUGUAUCCCUUGCUUUUCUGGCUUUAAACCCCCCCCCCUCCAAUUUCGUAAAGGGAUGCUUCUUCUUUCGUUAUGGAUGGAGAUAUUUCCAAUGUUGUCCAGUCAUCAUUGGUAGGCUGAAUUGUCAAGACUAUCAAAUGUGCAUUCUUGUACACAGAACUUCCAAGUUUUUUUUCGUCCAUUCUGGGGAAGACUUACUACUUGUUUGCACUCACCCAAGGUUUGGUGCAUGAAAUUAUAAAGAAAGAAAAAAUUCAUAUUUUUCCAAUAUAUUGACAUUGACAGGAGUGAGUUUUUGUGGAGAUGAUCAUUGUACCGUAGGGGGCCGUGACCCUUGUUAAAGCUCAGUAUAAUGGCUUAGGCCAGGUCCUGCCUCCUUGGCUCUUCUAAGUCUUGCUCCUACUUCGUACUUCUAUUAUCUGUAUAUUAUAUGUGCUCAUCUAUUCGUGUUGUUGAGUUUUUGUGGAGAUGAUCAUUGUACCGUAGGGGGCCGUGACCCUUGUUAAAGCUCGGUAUAAUGGCUUAGGCCAGGUCCUGCCUCCUUGGCUCUUCUAAGUCUUGCUCCUACUUCGUACUUCUAUUAUCUGUAUAUUAUAUGUGCUCAUCUAUUCGUGUUGUUGGGUUGUUAUCACUUAUUAUAUCGAACCCAAAAUGCCCACUUUUUCCUUGUAUGAAAUUGAAUAGUUUUGGUAUUUUUUCUGAAAUAGAUACUUUUCUAAAUUGACAGCGAAUUCCGAAACAGCAUUACUUUGCUUUAGAAAAAUAUCAUUUGAUGUGCCUGUGAUAUAAAAGGUUCUCUUUUUGUGAGUAUGCCUAUGACAGUAUCAGGUUCCAGUAGGGGUUCACAAGUCUCUUUUUUACCCCAUUAUGUCUUUAUUAGCAGUGUUUUUGGGUGACUUUGAUCUCCCUGUUUGUGUUUUAAAAUGCACUUUGGCUCUGACAAGUAAGACCAUGCCAUUGGAAAACAAAUUUUAAUGAUGAAAUGGUCUUUCUAUCUGAUUUGUUUAGUAGUCUGAAUGGAGAAUAUUUAUAGUUUUUAUAUAUUUAUGUGUAUGCUUCCCGGGAAGCUGAGAAUGUUUCGGAGUGUUCUAUGGUCUGCUGGGGUAAUAAUAUAGUGUAAAGCGCAUAGAGCCUGCUGUUGAGCGGGGAUAUGCGCUAUACAAAUGCUAUCUAUUAUUAUUAUAUUGAUGUUGCCAGAAUGGGGACAUAAAGCAUAGAGAAGAUGACCGUAGAAGAAGAUUGUUACUUUUCUUUGUAGAUAACUGUACGUGUAUACCACAUGAUGAAUAAUAGCAUUCCUACUUUAUACCAUACUUCUUUCCUGCUGUGUACAUUGCGUCCCUCGAAUUGCGUACAAUAAUCUAUAUUGGAAAGUCUGACUGAGUCUCCGUGGUAGCUGUGUUGUUGAGACACUCAUUUUUUUUUUACUUAUAUGACAGUUGUGUUGCUGUUGUUGCUCAUCAUGCUGCGCCUGGGAUUGUUUUUCAUCUACGCGAUGCCAUGUAGUGAUGGGGGAAGGUUUUUAUAAAUUUGUAAAGAUUGUGUUAUAUUUCAUUGUUGGGGUAUUGGGAGGGUUAUGUCACUGGUGGUUUGUGGGUGCUCAGAUGUGAUCUGCUCCUUGUAUUUCUGUUCAGUGUUACUAUUAAAAUAUUAUCACAAUUUAUUCCUGGUGAAAAUGUGGCCUUUAUCGGGCUAUUGGGGGCUGACUAAUGUAUUACAACUAGACUGUAGGACAUGUCCACGUCAGGAUUUGGGGGGUAUUAGGACAGGGCACUGGAAGAGCUUACGAGCUUAUUAAUACUUUCACAGGGAUGUUGUCAUACUCAGAGCAAGGUGAUGUGGGGAUCGUUUGGGGUACUUUGUUAUUUGAAAAUGUAACUAUUCUGUCGAGGCUUGGAUAAAUUAUGACAGGUUACCUAUUUUGUUUGCUGCACGAACCUAUGAGCCCUACAACUUGUCAAUAAUUCCUCUUUUUUUCUUUAAAGUGAAGCAAAAAUUAUUUUUGUAGACUAUAAAUUUUCAGAGCUGUAUAUAUAUAUUUGCAUUUAGAAGUAAAGAAUCAAUGAAGGGGUUGCUUUUUGCUCCAAUGCACUUUUCUUGAAAGCUAGAUCUUUGUCCAUUGUUGGCUCCUUUUGGAAAUAAUUGCCCAUUAUUUUCUCUUUGCAGAAAACAUUAAAAUUGUUGAAAGUUCCAAAUUAGAGUGUUUUUCAGAGGCAACGUAGACAGGGCUCAUGUCUACUCUUCACUGUGUUGAAAAGUGUGUUCACUAUAUAACAGGGCUCGGACAAAACAGUCGAUUAAAAAAAUAUAUGUGUGCUACCGUUGCUACUACGGACUGAAGAUAAUGUGUAAAUUGCCAUUUGCCAUUGUUUGCUACGUUUACUACAGUGUUAUUGCAAAGGAAAAAGUGUUCAGGGUGAGGACCUUUUUUUAAGAACGUCAGGCUAUGUUGUCAUAUUUGUCUUUCUGCUUCUUCCUUUCUGCCUGGCUUUAAGGUCGAAACUGAUGUUGCCUGCUUUUGUUAUUUGUAAAUGCUGACUCUUGAACAAAAUUUUUAUUUGGGGGGAUGGUUCUUUUUUUUUUCAAAACCAAUGUGAUGACGAUUAUAUUUUAAAGAUUUUCACACUCUGUUGAUUUGAAUGGCCUACCAUAGAAAAUUUCAUCACCCCUCGACGUUUAUCGGCAACAGAGGAUGAAAAAGUAACAGUAAAAUGAGUUAAUCUGAAUAUUGUAGAUUUGUAUAGUGUGUACUCGCAGAGUACAAAGUGGCACCAUGCUAUUUAUAAAUUAUGUACACACCAGCCUAAAGGAACAUCUACCUUAUUGCGUAUUGUUUCAGUAUUCUUCACAUACGAUAUAAUAUGUACUUCGCAAAACACGUAUGUGUAUUGUAAGUUAGGCUUGUGCAUAGUUUCAUAGGUGGGUAGAAACAAACCUUUCUUUUUCAGGUUUUGAAUAGAAACUGUUCUGCUGAGGCUUUGACUUUGGCAUGCAUUGGUUGGUCAGGCUGAUCCUCAUGUAUAGUGUUUAGACAGAUAAUCUCCCAUAAAUAUUUUGGGUGGUCAGAUCCACUGUUCUCAUAUAUCUACAAUGGGACACUGAGAAAAAAUAAAGAAAAAUGCUGAAUAAUUUCUGCUGGCUUAAUGUUUUGGUGAGUUUGCAUGGACUUUUUUUUUUGUGGAAACAUUCUUAAUAGAGUAAACUGGAAUGAAAAUACAGGUAAAAGUAUCUUUUGGCAUUGUUUGUUACUUUGAGAAUACUUCUACAAUCACUAAAUGGACUUUUUCUGUUGUGUGCACAUAGUACUGUCUCAUAUUCGUAGCGCUUGAUUAUUUUUACCGGGUCAUUGCUGCAGACAAAACACCUCUUGUAUCAGAGCUUGUUCUCACUAUAUCAUUUAUUUCUGUGUCUAUGUCGAGAUGUAAUAUGGUAACUUACAGCGUAUUCGUACUAGUACAAAUUUGUGAAGUGUAGCAAGGAUUUGGAUUUUUAAGAAAAGUGCUUCAAACUUUGUUUUUCUGAAAUUGUCAUUUGAUUAGUCAGCCUGAUAAUUAAGGGCUUUGCUAUAUCUCGUCAGUUUUAGUAGAUAUGCUUGUACUGUAUUGACUUCCAUUUUUACUAAUUGUCUUGUGAAAUCAGCUCACGUUGGUUGAAACAGACUGUAUAAAAAAUUAAAGUGAAAGAAUUUUGUGCUAUAAAAGAAAAAUGAUGUACUCAAUAAUUACAAAGUUUAAGGUUUUUCUGUUUUUGUUGCAGAAAUAGGGAAGGUGAAUAACUGAGGUUCGGUGGACAUAAAUGCAUGGCUUACUUGUUUUACCAAAUGGGGUAUCUUAUUUUUGGACGAUUGUCUUCAUUGCACAAGACACUUGAAGAGCAGAAAUUGCAUUGUUUCAAAAGACCUUGAAAGUUGGCGUUAAUGUUGAUAUAGUUAUCAUAUCAUAAUAAUAUAUACUCCAUGCUAAAGAUCUGUUCCAUUUGCUUUCAUGAAUUUAUUCCAAAGUUGUAAUAUCCACAUACGUUGGCAUGUUAGCCUUUUUUUCUGGUUGGUGGUUUCUGUUGUAAUGAAGUUAAGACAGUAUAUUCUUUCUUGACAUGAUAUUGUCAUCAUUUCAAUAUCAGAUGUAUGGCUUCCGGAGUUAAACAAGUGUUAUAUUUUGUUUACAAAAAAAGUGAAUAAAUUCUUUUCCGAAAAAAAAA